CUGUUCCUCUACCUGGGGAGGUGCUGGUCCAACUGCCCAGAAGGUUUCUUUGAGAAAGAGAAGAGCUUGUGUGAGGUCUGUGACACCUCCUGUCUGCCUAUCAUGUGCAGACAACCACUUCCUGGAGAGUGGUCAGUGCAGACCCAACUGUUCCCUGAGUACCUACCCUCGGGAUGAUGGCACCUGUAGACGCUGUCCUGCCCAUUGUGACACCUGCUCAGAUGACAGGACUUGUUUCAAGUGCAGUUUCCUGUACCUGAUUUUAAAUGGGGUGUGCAAAGCCAGUUGUCCCAUGGGAUACUAUGAGGACAUAGAGGAGGGCCGCUGUGGUCAGUGCCACAACACAUGUGCCAGCUGCUCUGGGCCGCUGGCCGACGACUGUGAAACAUGCUCCACUCUCACUCCCAAGCUGUACCAGGGCAUUUGCUCCAAAGAAUGCCCCACAGAGAUGUAUUAUGAAAGCUUUGCUAUGGAAUGCCAGGAGUGUCACCAGACAUGUACCAAGUGCUCUGGGUCUGAUGCCAACCAGUGUACCCAGUGCGAGAAGGGUCUGGUGCUGGACCCAAACACACUGCUGUGUGGGGUAACGGGAGACACUGACUGUCCACCCAGAACAUUCCUACAUGAUGACCAGUUCACCUGCAAAGCUUGUCACCGCUAUUGCCAGUCCUGUGGAGGACCAGGGCAUAAUGAGUGCCAGACCUGCGUUGUGCCUAAAUACCUUCAAAACAGCACCUGUGUGAGUGAGUGUCCUGCAGGUACUUACAGCUCCAGACAGCAGGCCGAUGGGGCCGAGCUGGGCUUCUGUUCUCCAUGUGACCAAGUGUGCGCCAGCUGCUCUGGAGCCUCUCCUAAAGACUGCCUGACCUGCGCCUCAGGAUACUUCAACCUCCUCCACAUGUGUGUGUCCCACUGCCCCACUGGCUUCUAUAGUAAGAGCUCCAACUGUGAGAAGUGUGAUCCCUCAUGUGAACUGUGCUCCGGGUCGGGGCCUGAGUCCUGUCGGAUCUGUCUGCCUCCCCUCUUGGAGCUCCAGGGGACCAGGCUGUGUGUGGAACGCUGCCCACACCGCUUCUACCCACUCCUUCAUGUCUGCAGACAGUGUCACACCAGCUGCCGAACCUGCACAGAUUCCACACCCCAGGGCUGUUUGAUGUGUGACAGGGGUAGCACUCUACAAUACAAUGUCUGCUACCCACACUGUGAGGAAGGUCACUACUUUUCAGAGAAUAUCCUCUUCCAUAACAUGCCCGACAAACAGGUUCCACUUCACUCAAAGGAUGUUGACCAGGAUACAAAAUAUCACAUUUCAGUGGCAAGAGACCGACAUGCUCACAGAAGAGAUCCCUGACAGUGGCAGAUGUUGCACCCCAGGAGUAUAUUGAUGACCUACCCACCUGCUCCGCCAUCAUCAGUGGGGACAUCGAAGGCCAGGGGAAAGGU